AUGGCCAGGAUUCCUGGAGUCGGAAGAUCGUCAGCUUCACCAUCUUUGGAGAACAAGGAAGAACAUGAAAGAGAUGUGGCCCUUAAACACCGGGAUCCUAAGAGAGGACACGCUGAGGAGCAGCCCUCCAGCCUUGACCCGAGCAUGCAGGCCCCACCCCACAGCCUCCCAGCUGGGCUCAGCCUGGAUGACUUCAUCCCGGGCCACCUCCUGGCCCACGUAGGGUCAUCCGCCCGGGGGACACGGGUGCCCGUGAUCCGGAACGGUGGUUCCAACACCCUUAAUUUCCAGUUCCAUGACCCUGCGCCCAGGACCGUGUGCAAUGGGUAUUUGCCACCGAGGAGGGAUGCUUCCAGACACCCAGACCCUGCUUGGUAUCAGACCUGGCCGGGCCCUGGGAGCCGGCCCCCUGGGAACCAGAAGACCCCUGCCUCCCAGCAUUCCCAGAAGUGGUCAGCCACAUGGACCAAGGACAGCAAACGGCGGGACAAGCGCUGGGUCAAGUAUGAGGGCAUCGGACCCGUGGAUGAGAGCGGCAUGCCAAUUGCUCCCCGAUCUAGUGUUGACAGCCCCAGGGACUGGUACCGAAGAAUGUUCAAGCAGAUCCACCGGAAAAUGCCGGACCUACAGCUGGACUGGACCUUCGAGGAGCCACCCAAAGUGGAUUCUUCCUGUGCCACCUCUGCAGACGCAAGGCAUCCAGGGCCUCAGCAAAGACCACCUGCCAGGCCAAACCAGACGUCACCUCUGAGCGGAAGAAGCUGGGAUGUCUCUGAAGAGUCUCUUAGAAGCACCUUCAGUUGUAGUCCUGGAGCACCCUCCUCCCUGCACCAGACCUCGAAGCAGGUGCUCAGACGCCGAGAGAAAGCGGACAAUGUCUGGACGGAAGAAUCCUGGAACCAGUUUCUGCAAGAACUAGAGACUGGGCAGAAGCCCAAGAAACCACUGGUAGACGACCCUGUUGAGAAGCCCUCCCAGCCCAUUGAGGUCCUGCUGGAGAGAGAGCUGGCCAAGCUGAGCGCCGAGCUGGACAAGGACCUGCGGGCAAUCGAGACUGCGCAGCCGCCCCCCAAGAGCUCUCAGGCGCCCCGACGGUCCCGGGAACCGCGGCCCCCAGCGCGCCCGGCCUCCGCCUGGAGCUCCAGCUCCCCGAAUGCACUUUACCCGGCUUCCUCCCUGAGCCCCCACAGGAUGGCGGAUGGAGGAAGCCCCUUCCUAGGUCGGAGGGACUUUGCCUACCUUUCCUCAGCUCGAGACCCUAGUGCCUCUGAUCCAGGGGGCAGCCCUGCCAGGAAGGAAGAGAAGAAGAGGAAGGCCGCCCGGCUCAAGUUUGACUUCCAGGCCCAGUCCCCUAAGGAGCUGACUCUGAAGAAGGGUGACAUUGUCUACAUCCACAAGGAGGUGGACAAGAACUGGCUGGAGGGAGAGCACCAUGGCCGCCUGGGCAUCUUCCCCGCUAAUUACGUGGAGGUGCUGCCAGCAGAUGAGAUUCCCAAGCCCAUCAAGCCUCCGACCUACCAGGUGUUGGAGUACGGAGAAGCUGUGGCCCAGUACAACUUCAAGGGGGACCUGGAGGUGGAGCUUUCCUUCAGAAAAGGGGAGCGCGUCUGCCUGAUCCGCAAGGUGAAUGAGCACUGGUACGAGGGCCGCGUCUCGGGCACUGCACGCCAGGGCAUCCUCCCCGCCAGCUAUGUGCAGGUGACCCGGGAGCCCCGGGUCCGGCUCUGUGAUGACGGCCUCCAGCUCCCUGCAUCUCCUCCCCGCCUGCCCACCACCCGCCCGGCCCGUCACCCCAGUUCUCCCUUAACGCCGCACAGCCCAGCUGACCCCACUGACUGGGGAGGCCAGACCUCCCCCCGCCGCACUGGCUUCUCCUUCCCUCCCCAGGAGCCCAGACCUCAGAGCCAGAGUCUCAGCACCCCCGGCUCAGCUCUGUCCCAUCCUGGAGGCUCCAGCCAUCCCCAGGACCUGGGGACCUCGUCCUCCACCACCACCGAGAUACACUGGACCCCGUACCGGGCGAUGUACCAGUACAGACCCCAGAAUGAGGACGAGCUGGAACUGCGGGAGGGGGACCGGGUGGACGUUAUGCAGCAGUGUGACGACGGCUGGUUUGUGGGUGUCUCCAGGAGGACCCAGAAAUUUGGGACAUUCCCUGGAAAUUAUGUAGCCCCAGUGUGA